UUCACAUUUCGGUCACAACAGACAUUGAGAGACGCAAAGGCAGAGAUGAUGUUCAACAGCAGCUUUGAUUACAAUAACUCAUAUGAGUAUGACUAUAACUUAAUUCCAAUGUGUGAAGUUGAUGACUAUCAAAAAACCACAGCCGUGAGUUAUGCCAUCAUCGUCUGUCUCAGCACACUUGGUAACGGCCUCCUUAUAUGUGCCCUCACAUGCUAUGAAGACCUAAAAAGGGCCACCAACUUGUUCAUGUUCUGCUUGUCUCUGUUUGAUCUGCUCUUCACUCUGACAUUGCCUUUUUGGUGCGUGGAGUUGCUCCACAAUUGGGUCUUUGGCACCAUCGCCUGCAAAAUCAUAACUGGGGCCUACUUUGUUGGCAUCUACGGAAGUCUCAUUCUUCUGACGUUUAUGACGCUUGAUCGUUUCAUUGUCGUGGUGGUAAGAAGCAACUGGCUAACACGGCGUCGAAGACUUAUUUGUUCGCAAGUCGCCUGUGCUGGUGCUUGGAUCAUCAGUUUGGUGGCUUGUCUGAGAGAUUCGAUGGCCUCAAAGGCGGAGCUAGAUCAUAUCGACACCUACUUAUGUAAAAGCACUCAUACCGAAGAUGAUAAUAUGGGACAUUACAUUCAGCUCAUUUUGCUUUUCCUCAUACCGUUUGCGGUUAUAGUUUUCUGUUACACCAAAAUUCUAUUGACGCUCAUGUCAACGUCCACCAGGAAAAAAUACAGGACUGUGAUAUUGGUGUUAUGUAUUGUCACUGCUUUCUUUGUAUGCUGGGGACCGUAUCAUGUAGUCAUAGUGUUGAUGUCUGUCUACACGUUUGAUGCUUGUGAACAUUAUCAGCUGCAUGGUGCGUUUGUCGUCUGCAGGAUUCUGGCAUUUUCGCACUGCUGCGUGAAUCCAGCGCUGUAUUUAUUUAGAGGAAAGUUCCGAAUGCUAGUGUCCAGGUUGCUAUUUUGCUCUCAUGAACCCAUUCAGUCGGGACAGUACAGAGAAGUCACGGAUCAGAGUGACUUCCGGAUUCAUCCGUACAUGACUGAAGUGGUUUCAGAAAAUUGUGGUGUGAGACAAACAAAUGCCGUAGAGGUGAACGAAAAGUAAAAGCUUGAUGAAAUGUCUGUGACUUUAAACUUGCAUUUGAAUUGAUGUAUUUAUUGCUAAAGGAAAUCUUAUUGCUCAAAGGAUGCACGUUCCUAACUCAUGAGACUUUUAAGUGGGUUACUUUCUGUGCCACUAGCGUCAACAUAUAGAAUUGCAAAAAUAAUGACUGGUUUCGAACAGGUUUCCUGAAUACUCUCCCCAUCUUCCAUUGGUCAAAAACAGAUAGUCCCACCUCAAACUCAUGCCAUUGGUUACUGGGAUGGGCUGCUCAAUCAAACACAGAAGUUGUUUGGAAAGUGCCACAGAAUCAGCGUUUCUGUAGCCAUUUUCCUCCAAAGUGCAAAUUCAAUUCAUGCAAAAAUUUGUGAAUAAAGCACUGAACACAAUUGUCACUUAUGGCGAAAUUGGCACAAAAUGGAAGCUCAAGCCACUGUGGCUCUUUUAUUUGAUCCACAGUUAUAAACUGCUUGCAGAUGAGAGCAUACAGACAAAACGCUCUGAAGAAAUUCAAGUUUACUAGCAUUCAGCAGACAAUGCACAAACUUCACCUUUCAAAGUGGUUCUCGGUUAUGUUUUAUUCACUCAUUAAGGAUCAGCUUUGAUGUUAUUUCCUACAUUUCCACAGGAUCCAUAGGAGGAAAAUUAAUUGGAGAAAUAGAUACAAAUGAGACAAUUGUUGGCAUAUACAGUAGUAAGAUUUUUGAAUUGUAUAAUUUAUGUGGAUAGCUCUUGAAGAUAAUUUGUUUUGGAACAUUUUAUUGGAAAUGUUUGAGUUCAUUUGUGUUCUCAUCCUUAUUGUGUUUAAAGAUUUACUUUUAUAUGAGAUUUUGCAUUGAAGAUAUUUGUUGAUGAGUUGUGUUUAUACAUUUGCCGUCAAUUUUAUUGCGAUUUGACAAAGUGGGAUGCGAGUGGGCUGGACAGUCAUGCAGAAAGAGUUUUUAUGAGACUGGAUGGAUAUUCUAAGGAACAAACCACCACAACCAAGGUAUUUCAUAUUUAAUAAAGUAUUUUUUUCUUUCAUUCUUUCUUUCAUUCUUUCUUUCUUCCUUUCUUGCUUGCUUAUAUUAAUUUGUUAUGCAUUCCUGGUGGCUUUGAAGGAAUAGUUCACCCCUAAAUGAAUAUUCUGUCAUUACAUACUCACAUUUAUGUCGUUCCAAACCCGUACGCUGUUAUUUUUUCUGCGGAACACAAAUGCUACAUUUGAAAGGAGUCUUUAGAAUCCACGUUACUUUUUUCCAAACAAUUAGUGACUAAAUCUAUCAAGCUCCAAAAACAACAACAUCCCAAAAAAACACCCUAACACCAUGAAAUCAAUCUAUAUGAAUGAAUUUGGAAAAAACUGCCAUAUGAAUAUAGAAGACUGAAUAUAGUACAUCUGUUGAAUAGACUACUUUUGUGUGUGUGUGUGUGUGUGUGUGUGUGUGUUUGUUUGUUAGUUUUUUGGAAUUUACUGUAACAGCAGUUGUCACUUUGAAAUAUUGUUGUAUUGAAAAAGCGUUGUAAAGAUUAACUCCUACAAACAUCUGACUUAAGUGUGCAGAAAUAAUUACAUAAUUUUCUUUAUUGGAUGAACUAUUUCUUUAAAAGUGGACCAGUGCUAUUAUUUUACAUGAAUGAACCCGUUUAACUGUCAUUGCACAGGUAGGAUGUAUCAAGAGAUUUUGCCAGGGAACUUACAUUACAUAAACUACACAUAUGAGUAUUAUGAGGAUUAUUAGAUAACAUUAGAGGAUUUUUCUGUUUUUCUGCUACAGCAUCAUCAUCUGCAUCAGUCUACCAGGAAGCACUUUUGUGAUCUGGAUGCUCUUGAAGCAGGUGGGUUUGAGCAGCUCUGCAGACUGACAACAUCUGACCUGAUCAUCACCUUAACGGUCCCCUGGAUCGUCAACCAGAUCCAGGGCUGGAUCUUUGGGGAUGUGGCCCUGCAGACUAUUCACCUGGGGUCUCUUCCUGUGUCUAUACAGCUACACAAUGACUCUCACAGUCAUAAUGGUUUAUCGAUAUGUGGCUGUUGUGUGUCCAGUGUUUGCGUCAUAGGCAAACUAAGUGGUCGCCGAGGGCGCCACCUGCUGAGGGGGUGCGAAAGAAGAUGCCACCACAACGCAUAAAGGCAAGACUUCAUGUAAAGUUGGUCAAUGCUGGCUUUAAGACAAUACUGUACAAUUUUCUAUAAAGCUGAUAAAGCUCUAGCCCAUGUGGUGCUUGAACUCGCAACCUUAAUCACUGAACCACACAACUGACAAGACAACUUGACACAAGAGACAUGUUCCGAAUUGCGAGUACAAAACUUCAGAAAAAAACAAUGUAAGUAGUAGGAUUUAUACAGUGAAGUAGGGCCUACAUUAUAGUAAGCAUAACAUGAAAACUCAGAGGUUAAAUUUUUAAAUGGAUUCAAACUCACAACCUCUUGAACUGUAUUCUAAUGCUUUAACCACUAGGCUAUAGUGAGCACACAAAAGUGUUGGUUAGCAUGCUAACCAAUUACCAUGCUAACCGAUUUGCAUUCUAAGCUAAUGUUGACUACAGAUAGAACUGCGAUCAAAUAGCAUUAAAAGAUAGAAUUCCCUAAUGUUAGCAUGCUAACCGAUUAGCAUGCUAAGCUAUUAUAACCUGUAGCUUGAUAACCAUGCCAAACAGAACAUUUUCUGUUGAACUAAUGAUGAUGAUAUCUCCAAACUGAUCAAGUAGGCCUACCCUCAGGACACGAUGUGUAUGAAGCAUGCACAUUUUAAUUUAAAUUAAACAAUUGGUUUAAAAGAUAUAUCACUUUAUAUAAAAAUUCAAAAUGGUGGAGAGGCAAUAUGCGUAAUAUUGAAAAAUGUUGUCUGGUUGGAUUCCGUAUGACCCAAGGAAUUUAAAAACACAAAUGAUUUGAUAAUUUUGGGACAAACAGUUCAAAAGUUAUGACACAAUAAUAUGCCAAACUGUGCAUGUACCAUGUCUCAUGGUCCUAAUGAUGCAUACCUAGUUCCGUUUCGAUAUAACAAAGUGUUCUGAAACAGAGUUUACAUCCUAUUUCAUGUCAACAUCAUUAAUUUAGCGUUAGCGUAACUUUUCAACAGUUGUGAAAAUCAAAAUGGGGUAAAGUCAGAUCCGUGCUAAAAAGCUUAAACUGUAAACAUCAUAAUCCAAGAUGGCGGCCACUGUAAUGGGCAGAAUUUUAAUGUAAAAUUCCAUUGGAAUCAUCAGGAGGAGAUUAAUCAGAUGCUAAAGGGAUUGUGUUUCCAGACCAGAUAGUUCACAAGAUAUGCUCAAAAGAAAAGUAACAUUUUUGAACUGGUGGUGGCGCUGUGUAGUUUGUCCUAGGGGUUCCAAAUUUGCUAUGGGGCAUUUCAUGCCCACCCCUAUCAGUGUGCCAAUUUUAAAAACGUAUUCCUACAUAUGGAUCAUUAAGCUACUCCUAUGGUGGAAUAAUACAAAGAAGAAAAGCUACAAAAGCACUAGGGGCCCUUUGUGACCCUUUGGGGCUUUCCUCCUAAUAAGUAAAUAAAUAAAGAAAUUGGUUCAUGUCUUCAAAACUAAUUUCAAGCAUGUAAACAGAAGCCUUUAGAUCCAAAGGUUUUUAUGAACAUGAGAAACAUACUGUAAGUAGUUCAGUCAUAUGUGUCUAAACUUUUCAGUGUUUAUUUGUAUAUAUUGUUCAUAUUAAAUGUAAUAUGUGUAUGUCUGUGUUGGUUUGUGUUGCCUUUUUUUGGUUUUGGGAAGUGUUUAUUAAUGCCAAUGUCACAAAGCCUUCUGAAAGAAGAACAGAGAAAGAAUAAAAAACUGAUGGAAAACUAACGGUGUGGUGUGUCUUCUUCAAAGAGGUUAAAAAUAAAAUGAAGAAAUAAAUGGAAAAAAAAAGGUAUUGGAAAAUAUGGAACUUGUCUUCUCACCACGUUGAUACUUUCUAUUUUAUGUUAGAUUGAAUAGUAUGACAUAUCUAAUAGUUAUCACAAAAAAACAAUAAAAAACAAGGGUUUUAUGCAACUGUGCUUUUAUAAAACACCUUUUUGUAUUUUUUGUUUAUAUGUGGCAGUUUAUGUUGCUGUUCAGCAGGUGGCAGUAGUGGCUAAGACGUGAAAAAUGUAUGGCCUACAUUACAUUAAUUGUUGGGCUCACAACACAAUAUAUAUACUAUCACUAUC